GGGGCUGCUCGGUAAUUUUCCUCUUUUAUUCUUUUCCCGUCCCUCGUAGCUACUCAGGAAAGGUGUUACGUCACCCUUCCAACCUUAAGACGACGAUAGGUGAAGCAAAGCAGAUGUUGUAUGCUGCAUUGCUUCAUUGCAGACUUUGGUUCAGAGAACUUCUCUGUGCCUCACCAUGAAGGUACUCUUCCUAUCUUGAACUACUUAGACAAGACCAAUUGUGGAUCAACCCUUGGCAGGAUCAAUAAUGAAACGUUUGAAAUCUGCCUUAGGGCUAGAGGCCACCAUCAUGCGCCAUCCUGUUAAACUUCAAAAUAUCAGGAUUGUACCUUGGAAGAGGACCCGUCCCAUGUGUCUUGGGCCUCAGAAUGCACACCGCUUCUCCUGCACGCAGACAGAGGUAUUCAACAGCUUCCACAAUACAGCCUGUUCAGCAGAGACAGCGAGGUAUAAUCAUCUGAAGGCAGGCACUGAAGAACCAUCAACAGCUGGGGCAGUAAUGGGCUCCACUGUAGCCAACAACAUUAUUCAGCCGAAAAAUCAUGCUGAGAUGAUCAAAGAAUACUUUGACAUAUCCAGGAGCACAGCCUACAGGAUCAUUGAGAAAGAUGAUCGCCUUAAAAGCUGUGAUGUUCAUAUUUUGGCAAGAAAUUUGAACACCCUUCAGGAAAACAAUGUUGAUACAGCAGAGGUACGAAACCACAUGGCACUACUCUGUCGCUGUCCACUUACUAUGGAACAUGACAUUGCUGUUAUGAAAGAGGUGGGGCUAAAGAAUCUUACAGCUGAACACUUUGCAGGAUCCAAAAAAUUCUUUAAAAGAAGUGUGGCAUUGUUCAAGAGAUGGGGAAUGUUACCUGAACACUAUGACCCAGUGGAGGCAUUGGUCCCACUGGGAAUUCCAGAUGAAGUCCUUAACAAUGUGAACUUUUUUAAUGAUAUCAACAACUUGACUUUGGAGCAGUUGCACUGGAAUAUGAGCAGAGUUUACCUGUCGUGGCGUCUGGAUUGCAGCAAUGAAGAAGUUAACAAACUUCAUCAGACAUACAGUCUUACCAAGAAAAGCAUGACACUACAACAGAAAGUGCUAGAUCAACUCAUACAUGAGUGGAAUAUCAGUAUGUCAAAGAUUCACCAAAAUGCAUACUUACUCAAAUGCAGCCCGGUCAAUAUAGCUCUCAUUGACAGUAAGGUGAGAAAUAUUGCUGGAAUUGAUGUAAAAGAAUAUGCAUCAUGGACUCCACGCAUCCUUACCAUCCCCUACCACCACCUGCUGCGGGUCAGUCAGAUUCUCUCAACACUACCAAUUUCCGCAGCAGCUGUGAAGGCUCUCCCUCGAAUCUGCACUCUGCACCCGGACACUUUAAGUGAACGCAUCAACCACCUUCGAGAAGAUUCAGAAUUCUCAGCCUUGCAGUCCCACCCUCGCAUGUUACACCUCUUAUUUUACCACAAGAAGAUCAUCUCUCGAUUGGAUCUUCUACAACAGGUGAAGAAAUCUAAUGUAGUUCCAAGCCUAAAUAAGGUGUCAGGACCAAGAAGAGUUUUCAGUAAAUAUAUGAAAGUUGGAGAUCUGAGACAGAACAAGAAGGACGUUAUAACAUAUUUGUCACAAGACUUUGGUGUGACUCCUGCAACCAUUAGAAAAUGUCUACACCUUCAUUGUUGGGGACCGCAGACAACACUAACUAAUGUUCAAAGAAAUCUGUCAGUUCUUAAAGAGGUAGGGUUCACCAUAGACCAACUGAUGGCUGGCCUUGAUGUUGUGCUUUAUCCACCAGACGUAGUACAAGACCAACUGAAUCAGCUACCCCAAAGGCCCCAGGUUCAACCCUUUUCAAGAUUCAAAUCAGAGGUAAAUGUUUUGCAGCACCUCCUAUAUUUUAUUGAGAAGAAUACUACAAAAAGCUCACUUGCUUCUUUGGGUUAGGGAGAGAGGAAAAAAAAGGUAAAAUGGGUCCAUGCUGUGCCUUACUUUCUUUUCCAUUGCUUUUGGGGCAUAAAUAACACUGGGUAACAAAAAAAAAGGUUUUGUAAGUUUUAUAAGUUUUUUCAACUGAUUUAGGACAUAUUUGCACCGCUGAACUCGAAAAUGACACCCAUUUCUCUCGAUCAGUUCAGGUUUUUGUGCUAAGUUGUUAAUAUUUCUUAUCCGAAAUAGGUUUCUAAGAUAAAAAAAAAUCGUUCUCUAACACAAUUCAUUGAUUAAAUGUUACAAAAAUUGAUAAGUGCACAUUGAAUAGUAGACAUUCAUAAAGGUAAGUACAUGAAAUUGGAUGUUAGGUCAUCAUUGUUCAAAAUUCAGAGCAUGAACUUCCGUUUCUUCAAACUCCUAGAAUUCUCAGCGGUAGGGAUGUCUAUCUUCAGAGUCCAACAGUAAUCAGCCAUCAUGACUGCAUCCCAGCAUCCCUGAUACUUGGUCUCCAUCUCUUUCAUGUCCUGAUGGAAUCUCUUCCCCUGCUUGUUGCUCAUUGAUCCCAGAUUCUCAGGAAUCCGAUCCAUAUGUGAGAAUAAGUAAUACAUUUGGAUGCUCAUGUUGCAUCCGAGGUUUCUGAAAGUAGUCAGCAUAUUGGUGACAAGUUCUGUGUAGUUCCUGGCCUUCUUGUUGCCAGUAAAGUUCUUCAUGACAAGUACAAAAGCCUUCCGCACUUCCAGUUCCACUUCGUUCAUUGAGUUUUCAAACUCUGGAUCUCUGAUGAGCUGACGGAGUUGAGGACCGUCAAAGAUGCCAGUUUUCAACUUCUCCAUGGUCAAUUCUGGAAAAGUGUGGCACAAGUAAGUGAAGCAGCCACCAUCCUUGUCCAGAGCUUUGGUGAACUGUUUGAUCAAGCCGAGCUUGAUGUGCAGCGGUGGGAAGAGUAUCCUGUCUGUCCACCAGAGGGUUGUUUAUGACGUUCCUUGCUCUGCAAAGUGUCAGUUCCUCCCGUACAGGCCCCUUCCUGUAAUGCUGAGCUUUGUCCCUACUGUCCCAAAUGCCCAGAAAGCACAGGUACUUGGUGAACCCAGACUGUUGUCCCAACAGAGUACAAAAAAUUCCAGUUCGUAAAAAUUUGGCAAAUGUAAACUCUUCAGAAUUCAUUUAUUUAAAGAAAUAGGAAAGAAUUUUGCCUCACAUAAGUAGAAAAUACCCGUACGUGUAAAAAAAAUGUAAAAAGCAUCAUGUGGUGAUAGAUAAAAAAAAGUUGACUCGAUUGACCAAAACCAAUAAAAAAAUUUAAUUCAGCACAUCAAAAUUCUCCUAAAUCAGCUAAAAAAAAUUGGACGAUAAAUUUGUCGUUGGCCAGUGUACUAAUUAUUAAAAUAGCACAGUAUGGGAAAGAAAACAAUUUGAAGACAAAAUAACAUGUUAAAAUUCAGUACAUGAGGCACAUUGUGAUGCAGUGCCAAUUGCAUUGGUGAGUAUUUACCCACAAAUCAAUCCCAUAAAAUUUUUAUGUCACAGAUUGUGCCUUUCAGGAAACUUUCUUUUUGAGUGAGCUUGCUACUAUUUUAUCUGAUCAUGAAAUGUUUUCACUUAACAUGUUCCAAGCUAAGUCUCCUUAUAACAGCAAAUUACCAUAAAAUGUACCCUUUUGUUUGAUAGUACAAAUGAGCAGUAGAUGACUGCACAUCAUUUUUUUAGUUCCCUACCACCUUAUUCAAAAUGGUAAAAAAAUAUGUUUUUACAUCUUGAAAUUGCCUGAUACUCAUGACAGUUGCAAAGAUGAGAAUUUUAUAUAACAUGUUUGUAUGAGGCAGACAACCUGCAUAUAGUUAUGAAACUUUAAAAGUAUGAAUCUAAGUUUAUGUAAAUCUAUUUACAUUAUGAAGAUCAACUGUUUAUUGACAUAUUGCUAUGGAUACAUAAUAGUUUUGGGCAUUAAAUAUAGUUUGUCUGUAAAUAUUUCAGGAAAGGGUUUGGUUUACAAUUUUCAAGCCAAAUAUCUUUUGGUUUUCCACAGUCAUUUCUGCUGCUUGGGAAUUUCACUGAGAUCCACUUUCUUCACUUCCUUUGUUCAUUUCCAACUCUCGUGUUCAUAUAUCUCCUUAACACACUUGUUCUGUAACAGCCCUUUUCUCACUCUGAUCUAACUUCUCUUACAGUUUUCUUUUUCUUUCAAUUCUUUGUUAUCAAGCUUAAGCUGUUUUCAAUGCAAAAAUUUCCUUACUAUCUGCCUCUUUGACUUCAUCGAAGUACUCCCUUGCAGAACAUGUAGUACACUUUUUAAACCCUCACUGCAUUCAUAUUUUUAAUCCUUCAACAUGUGCCACUCCUUAGGCUGUGCCCAAAAUUCAUCUCUGGGACAUCAAAACCUUUGAAACCUUUUCCAUGUUCAGUUGUGUGUGUGUGUGUGUGUGUGUGUGUGUGUGUGUGUGUGUGUGUGUGUGUGU